GAAGAACCAUUCACAAUAGAUCCGAGCAGCCUAUCGGACGGGCGAUGAUUCGCUAUUUUUUUUCAAAAUUUUAGUUUAUACCAAAUUUUUGUAAAACUGUUUUAAUACAAGUUUUUUUAUUUUUUUAUGACCUAAUUAUCAAAAUUAUAAGUAUAAAUCAUGAGGGAGUGCAUCUCGGUGCACGUGGGGCAAGCGGGCGUUCAGAUGGGGGUGGCGUGUUGGCAGCUGUAUUGCCUCGAGCACGGCAUCAGACCUGACGGGACGCUGCCCGGCUGUGACAGCGACGUGGCCGACUCCUGCUUCAACACAUUCUUCUCUGAAGCGGACCGAGGCAAGAUGGUGCCCAGGGUGGUGAUGGUAGAUCUAGAAGCUACUGUUAUAGACGAGGUCCGCACGGGCGAGUAUCGUCAGUUGUAUCACCCCGAGCAACUGAUCACGGGCAAGGAGGACGCCGCAAACAACUACGCGCGGGGACACUACUCGACCGGCCGCGAGGUGCUCGGACCGGUCAUGGAGCGAGUGAGGAAGCUGGCAGACCAGUGCACCGGCCUGCAGGGUUUCUUCGUGUUUCAUUCGUUUGGAGGAGGGACGGGUUCAGGCUUUACGUCGCUUCUGAUGGAGAAGUUGUCGGACGAAUUCGGCAAAAAGAGCAAACUGGAGUUCGCGAUAUACCCGGCGCCUCAAGUGUCGACGGCGGUAGUUGAACCCUACAACGCGGUGCUGACGACGCACGCUACCAUCAGCCACUCGGACUGCGCCUUCAUGGUGGACAACGAGGCCAUAUACGACAUCUGCAGGAGAAGGCUGUCCAUCGAAAGACCGUCGUACGCGAAUCUGAAUCGGCUUAUAUCACAGGUGGUGUCUUCCAUCACGGCGUCUCUCCGGUUCGACGGAGCCUUGAACGUGGACUUGACGGAGUUCCAGACGAACUUGGUGCCCUACCCCCGGAUACACUUCCCGCUCGCCGCCUACGCACCAGUCGUGUCCGCGGACAAGGCGUACCACGAGGGUAUGUCGGUGUCUGAGAUAACGGCGGAACUGUUCGAGCCUCAGAACCAGAUGGUGAAGUGCGACCCUCGCGAGGGGAAGUACAUGGCGUGCUGCCUGCUGUACCGCGGGGACGUGGUGCCCAAGGACGUGAACGCGGCCAUCGCGGCCAUGAAGGGGCGGGCAGGGAUACGCUUCGUGGACUGGUGUCCCACUGGCUUUAAGGUGGGUAUCAACUACCAGCCGCCGUCGGUGGUUACGGGCGGAGACCUGGCCCAGGUGAAGCGCGCCGCGUCUAUGCUAAGCAACACGACCGCCAUCGCGGAGGCGUGGGGGAAGCUUGACCACAAAUUCGACCUCAUGUACUCGAAGCGGGCCUUUGUCCAUUGGUACGUGGGCGAAGGUAUGGAGGAGGGGGAAUUCACGGACGCCCGGGAGGACCUCGCGGCGCUCGAGAGAGACUAUGAUGAGGUGGCCAUAGAGACGUCGGACAUGGCUCCGGGCUGCGAGGACGCCUUAUGACGACACGUACCUUGAAGUUUGACCGACGCUCCGUGACACCGAGCCCCCACAACAUACCGGCCAUGAAUCCCUUCCAUGGGACGUUCCUUGCGUGAAAUAUAACAUAUUGGUAAUUGCCCUGCCCUCCCAUCACAGCCUGGUUGUGGAAAUCACCUCGAGUUGGAUUACUAUUGGUUGCGAAUUCAGCAGAAUCGGUUUUAACACCACACUGACACCGCACGGCCACAGUGACGUGACGUCUGAUCGUCGCAGCAGUGGGUGUAGAUUGGCUUGUCGUGGCCGUGUCGUGGUCGCGUGGUGUGAAUGCGUGGCGCAGAGCGUCGCGACCGAAGCGGACGCACUAAACCACGGCCGCAUGUUUAUAAUGUUGAUUAUGGCAGAACUGCGAAAUUUUUUAAUGAUUGAAAAAGUCCGCCGAGGUUGGAUGAUGCUGCCCGCUGGCCCUCGGGAUGACUCCCUCACUGGCUACCUACCUACUAACAGCAACGAAAUGACGAACCAUCACUUUGGCUCGUGUAUCACGUGUGGCGAGAGGUUUUUGUUUUGUAUGUCCGUUUGUGUAAAAAGUAAUGUUCAGUCUUGUCCUUACUAUACAAAACUUAAUUUAAAAAAAAUAAAAAGAUUAAUUUCACAAACA